AUGGCUCAUCCAUGUAGCGCCUGUAUGGCUUCUCUCGAGCCCGAGGAUGGCCAUGACCGCUGCCCCUCUUGCCUUUGUCUCGAGCAUUUGAGGGAGGGUCUCACGCAGGACGCCUGCAUGAACUGUAGCUGCAUGCCUUGGGCCCUUAGAGCGGCCAGAGUCGCAGAGGUGGAGCGUCUAGCAGCAGCCAACGGACACCUCUCCUUGUCGCAUCUUCCCCCAGGUCAGUUUGGCCGUUCCCGGCGACCCGAGGGAGCGAUGGCUACGGGUUUGCCCCCCAACAGGAGGACUAGGAACAGGCUGUCCUCUAAGGUGGAUCGGUUAGCCGCCGACAUGGACAUGAUGAAGUCGCUCCUCUUAGCCCUUCAACCAGGGGCCGGUAUAGGGGCUGCUGGCUUGCCGCCUGCCCCUGCUUCGGUUGCCGCACCUCUGCAUGAGGAUGCCAUGUCAUUAGCGGCCUCGGCUAACCUCUUCAAUGAAGAGGUGGAGGACGAGGCCCCGCUCACUCCCGGGGAGGCUUCCCAAUCCUCUGCUCAGGGCUCUCUGCAGGGCGUGGAGGACGCCUCCAUGGCGGCCAUUAUUCGUGCGGCCCUGGCACAUUUGCAGCUUCCGGAGUACCUGAGGGAGCUCCAUGCAUGCUGGAGAGACACCAAGGCCCUCUCCCGCUUCAGCUCUGAUGCCCGGACCCUGGCUGCCAUGCAGGAUCCGGCGAGGGUUGGGCUGGGUCGCAUACCACCCAUCGAGCCUGCCAUCGCCUCCCUGAUUCUGGCUCCUGAUGAGGCCCUAAGGCCUGAUGCCAGGUGCCCUCGGCCUCAGUGCAGGGUCACUGACGAACUGCUCUGUAAGGCCUACGAUGCAGCGGCACGCAUGGGUCGUAUCGGGAACUCUCUCUCCCAUCUAAUGCUGGCCGCCUCCGCCUCUCUGCAGCAGGCUUCGGCCAAGGGUCCUGAAGUCCCGGGGCCGGUCGUCGGCUGCUUUUCCCAGCAGCAGCUCAGCUACUGGGCUGCCUGUACUACCGACCCUUGGGUGGUUUCCACCCUAACCCAGGGAUACGAAUUGCAGUUCCGACGCCGGCCCCUAGCCUUCGGCCGGGUCAAGAUGACAGUUGUCAGCGACCCGGCGAAGGCCUUAGCUCUGGCCCAAGAGCUGUCCGUCCUCUUGGCCAAGGGCGCAAUCGAGCCAGUGGACCCCCUGCUUCAGUCCGGGGGGUUCUACUCGGCGUACUUUCUGGUGAGCAAGAAAGUCGGCGGAUUUCGUCCAGCACUGGACCUCAGAGGAAUCAACAGAUUCCUGAAGGUGCUGCCCUUCCACAUGCUGACCACAGCAGACACCCUCCGUGUUGUCACACAGGGGGAGUGGUUCACAACCGUGGACUUGAGGGACGCCUACUUCCACGUGCCGAUUGCGUCCCACCACCGAAAGUUCCUGAGGUUUGCCUUUCAGGGCCAGCAUUAUCAGUUCCGGGUACUUCCCUUCGGUCUCUCCCUCUCUCCAAGGGUGUUUACCAGGGUCGUGGCGGCAGCUCUCGCACCCCUGCAGGCACAGGGCAUGAAGGUCCUGCCGUACCUAGACGACUGGCUGGUUUGUGCGCCGUCCCGGUCCCAAGUGGCCCAGGAUCCGGCGCGCCUCUUAUGUCACGUAGCCCGGUUGGGCCUGACAGUAAACACCGGGAAGAGCUGCCUGGUCCCCUCCCAACGGGUCACUUACCUGGGGUUGGUCCUAGAUUCGGUCGCCAUGAGGGCCUGUCUGACACCUCGUCGUGUGGACGACAUUUCCCACCUUCUCCCCAUCUUCAGGCUGGGCAAGAAUGUGCCUUACAUUCAGUUCCUCCGGCUCUUGGGCAGACUGACGGCUGCCUCAGCCGUUGUGCCCUUAGGUCUGCUGUCGCUGCGCCCUAUGCAGAUGUGGCUGAACAGCCUUCACUUGGACGCCAAGUGGCACAGGCACAGGAAGGUCAGGGUGUCGCACCAGUGCCUUCACUCUCUGUCACGCUGGAGAAACAGGGCCUAUCUUCUGAUGGGCGCGCCCAUGGGCGCCAUCCCAUCCCUCCGGGAGACUGUCACUGUAGAUGCAUGUCUCUCAGGGUGGGGUGCGGUGUGGCAGGGCAGGACUGUUCAGGGUCUGUGGUCCGCCCAGGAAGGUGCAUAUCACAUCAACGUGCUAGAGCUUCGCACUGUGCUGCUUGCGCUCAGGCACUUUUUACCCCAACUGACGGACAGGCAUGUUCUUGUUCAUUCGGACAACAUGUCCGCGGUCUCCCAGAUCAACCACCAGGGGGGCACCAGGUCCGCACAGCUGCUCCGGGUUUCACAGAGCCUCUUGUCUUGGGCGUCUCCCCGCUUGGCCAGCCUGCGGGCAGUCUUUCUACCAGGGGACCAAAAUCAGGUGGCAGAUUUCCUCUCUCGGCACAAACCUCCACUAGGGGAGUGGAGGCUUCACCCAGAAGUGGUGGAGACAAUCUGGAGCCUUUUCGGCAGGGCCGAGGUGGACCUCUUUGCCUCGGAGGAGUCGAGGCACUGCCCCCUCUGGUUCUCCUGGGCAGAGGUGACCAGCCCAAUGGGGCAGGACGCUCUGGCACACGACUGGCCAGACAGUCUCCUGUACGCCUUCCCGCUCCCGCUGUUAUUACAGAUGCUUCAGAGGGUCCUUACUCAGGGGCACAGGCUCCUUCUGGUCGCCCCCCGCUGGCCGGGGAGAGUUUGGUUCCCGCUGCUGCGCAGUCUCUCACCAUGGCGCCUCCCCGACAGGAAGGACCUUCUGUCACAGCUCAGGGGUCAGAUCUGGCAUCCCGACCCUCACCGCCUUCAGCUCUGGGCUUGGCCUCUGCGGGGCCCAACCCACUGUUGAGCGCUUUUUCGGCAUCGGUCAGGGAAACUAUCCUGAAUGCCAGAGCACCAUCCACUCGAGCACAGUACGAGUGCAAAUGGAAGCUCUUCUCCCACUGGUGUUUGGGUAAGGCUGAGAAUCCGGGGCAUUGCUCUGUGGCCACCAUUCUGGAGUUCCUGCAGUCCCUUCUGGAUAGUGGACGUUCUCACUCCACUUUGAAGAUAUAUACGGCUG